AUGGCAACUUGGGCAUAUCCUCCAUUACCUGCAGAGCAGUUGCAGAAGGAGGAGGAGACAGCACUGUCUAAAGAGCUUGAAUGGCUUCUAGCAGCGCUCCAGGAAUCCCUCGUUUCAUUACGAGAGGGUCUUCAAGAAUGUGCGGGAUUACUAGCACCAAGAGAGCCAGGGUCGACUCUGGUUCUGUCGUCUGUGAGAUCAGAGAGUGUGAAGGGAUUUGUGACGAGGAUAGGCACAAGGAUUGUUAAAGGGGACAUUCAACUACGACUCGCUUCGCUUCCACCCUCGCGUGGCGCGAACAGCACUCGCCUCAACGUCUCCGGUAUUCCAGGGGCACCUGAGCUUGUUUUGUACCAGCUCGCUGCCGUACGGAAUCUUAUAAAUCAGGGUCUCGACGUGAUAGAUGUCAGCACAUUUACCGGUGAUCCCCUCAACGCAAGUUUCAUAUCAGGCCAGCUGCGCUUGCUAUAUGAACAUAUUUCCGAGGCGAAGUCUGCCAUCAAAGGAGGAGCAGACGUGUCGAAAUGGUGGGAGCUAAGUGCAGAGAGCAGUGUUUUUGAUCCACCUACGCCGUCAUAUUUAUCUUUCCAUCUGACCAUUGCAGAUGCUGCAUUGGUCUUACACCUACGAACACUAGAGCCAAUCUCUCCAAAUCAAGCUUCGUCGGCCUUCGGAUCAGAACUUUCCCUGACAGGCUUCUCGCUGCGAGACAAGAUCUUUGGUCCUCGACUGCCGCCGCAUGACGAAUUGGGCGAGGUUUUCGUAUGGCAGGGAGAAGAAGUUAGGGUCAAAGAAAAGAUUCGAGUAGAAAGCCAGGAUCCCAGUCUGAUUGCUGUCUUGGCCAAGCUCAGUGCGUUGGAACACGAGGUUAUGAAAUGCAGGGCUUCAUUGAAAAUCGUGAUGGGAGACGAUGAUGGAGACAGCGACGUAUAG